AGCACACUUUGCUCAAAGUUAGACUUGCACGCGGCUGUCGGCUGUUGUUUUCGCUCUUCAUUCCAAUGGGAUUGCAGCCGCUCUCGGAAUCAGCCGUGCAGAAAGCCGCUGAGAAGGGUGGAUACAUCGACAAGGGAGAUUUGCUCCUCCUUUCGAUCCAAAGCAAAGCUCAGCAGAUCUUGGAAUCCUGCUCUCAUAGCGACAAGUCCACGUCCGGUUCUUCGCCCAGACACGAGGAUGAAGAGCUGGCCUGGAACCCCUUGGGAUUGGAGCCAUGGUCGCUUGUUCAAGAACAACGUGAUGAAGGUGAGAAGCCCGAGCUGCUGUGGAACCCACUUGGGCUGAAAGGAGUCAGCAAAGAGGCCAAGGCUGAGCCCGCAUUCUUGUCCAAGCCGCCUGGGCUAGAAGAAGUGGAAGGUCAUGAGGCCAGCUUCUUGUGGAGCCGCUCCACCACGGCAGGCACGGAGAGCUCCGACGAGGCCUUGGUCUCAGAUAUCAACAUGGUAUUGCAGAUGCUGCAGACAGGCAAGUGCGGACCUCCAAGUGAUUUGGGCAAACAGAGGCGCUCGCUGGGCUCCACGAGCUCGCUGCCACCACUGCGUGGAUCACCUUUCUGGCCUCAGCCAACAGGAGGACUCUUCCCUUUGGCGCUUGGACAGGCCCAUUUCUGUCCUUGGUGCGGAUCUGCGAGGAUGAUGUUUCAUCAAUUCUGCCCCUACUGUGGAGUGUCGUACCCAGAUACGACUGGAUCAGACCGUUCAAUGAAGAGCUUUGUCGCCUUUGGAAAGGAUAUGUGAGAACUUUUUUGGGUGUCGGAAGUUCCGGGAGGAUUGCCCCUUUUGAAUCAGCCUGUAGGACGUUCCAUGUUGUGACAUUCCUUGUUUCAUGCAGCACGAAUGGGGCGCCCAAAAGUUUGAACGGCUUCUGACAGAGUGGGGAUGUUUUGUG